AGUAUAUAAUCAGUUUUUUUCACCAGUAGUAGGUUUACCACCAAAAAGAGUCGCUUUCAGAAACGCUGACAAACGUGGCCCUCACAAAGGACACGAAGCUGAUACGCUUCUUCUCCCUUUCCUCUCCUGUAGCCCGCCUUAGUUUAUGAUUGCAAUUUAUCAGAGAUUGAGAGAGAGGCGCGAAUAAGAUGGUGGAGUUGGAGCGAGCCCAAAAUCCAUGGAUGAGCACGGAGCAAACCCAGCGAGUUGGGAUUGACGGUAGAGAUUUGUCGAGUCCGGAAUCGACGACUACGGAUAGAGAUGGGGUGGAAUUCUCUGCCGCACAGCCUCCCAGUUCAAGCUACAAUAACACGUCCGACUGGCAAUUGGGCAUUGCCGAGCGAGCUUUAUCGGCAGCCGGUGCCGCUUUUUUAUCCGCAAUUAUCGUCAAUCCUCUUGACGUCGUCAAGACAAGGUUGCAAGCUCAGGCAGCUGGAGUUCCUUACUCGCAUCCACUAAGUAAUGUCACAAGUCGGAUGGCAUAUUUUGGGCCAAGCAUGUUGUUUGCAGAUCUAAGGUGUUCACCAUCGUGCACACAUGCUGGAAUUCAGGGUACUGUAUCAAUUUGUCCUCCUGAUUGUUUUAAAUACAAAGGCACAUUGGAUGUCUUCUACAAAAUCAUUCGACAGGAAGGAUUUUCAAGGCUAUGGAGAGGCACAAAUGCAGGAUUAGCCUUGGCUGUUCCAACAGUGGGGAUUUACCUACCAUGCUAUGACAUAUUUCGCAACUGGUUAGAGGAAUUCACUGCCCAUAAUGCUCCAAGUACGACUGCUUAUGUCCCUCUAGUUGCCGGCUCCUUGGCACGCUCGUUAGCUUGUGCAACUUGCUAUCCUAUUGAACUUGCUAGAACUCGCAUGCAGGCAUUCAAAGUCAUACAAAAUGGUAGGAAGCCUCCUGGUGUUUUGAAGACUUUAUUUGGUGUCCUGUCUCAUGUCAAGACCACUAGUAACGUUCAGAAUUUGCAAGGCUAUCGUGUCCUGUGGACGGGUAUGGGAGCACAACUUGCUCGUGAUGUUCCCUUCUCAGCAAUCUGUUGGUCAACCCUUGAGCCACUCAGGAGAAAACUUCUUGGUCUAGUCGGUGAUGAAGCCAAUGCAGUCAGUGUCCUUGGAGCAAAUUUUUCUGCUGCUUUUGUUGCAGGAAGCCUUGCUGCUGCAGCCACGUGUCCAUUGGAUGUUGCAAAAACCCGAAGGCAGAUAGAGAACGAUCCUGUCAGGGCACUGAAAAUGACAACAAGGCAAACACUAAUGGAGAUUUGGAGGGGUGGAGGGCUGAAGGGACUGUUCAUGGGAGUUGGUCCUCGUGUUGGCCGUGCAGGCCCUUCUGUUGGGAUUGUGGUUUCCUUCUAUGAAGUCGUUAAGUAUGUUCUUCAUCAGCGGUAUUCAACUUCAUGACAGAGGUGGAUCCGUGUCUACUCCUUUUUUUGAUCCUUCCACGGUGUCCUUAGAUGCUGUGUCCAAUGACUUGGCAUAGGGUAAGGAAACGAUUUUUAUAUGGAAGAUCAGCUACCAGUUUUUGUAGAUACAAUAGCUCUCCAGAUGACAAAUGUUUUAAUCUUUUUCUUGGCCUGCAAGUGCAGGAUUGAACCUCUUUUCACCCAAUUUUGGUUCACUUUUUUCGCUCAGUUUUGAGAAGAAAUUUUGUUACGUUUAGGUCGUUCCCUUGUUUUUUUUUUUGAGAGUUCAUCUCAGUUGGUAGAUUAUGUCGAAUAAUCUGCUUGAUCUGCCUCUUGUUCUCUUUUGGUGUCAAAUAAAGCAAUAGUAUUUCUUUUUGUCA